GCGCGGCGCUAUGAUCGAAAUUCCUCAACCAGACGUGUUUGUUGAGAUCUGUCGACAACAUCGUAGACGUGACAUUUAGAAAUAGCGCAAAAUAAAUCAACGUAAUAAUGAUAUACUAACGAAGAGUAAAUGAAUGCAAAUAUAAUGGAUAAGAUUUUAGCGAACACGUUGAAUGUCAGCCGGCGAUUAGCGCGUAGAACCACCGCGACUUGUCAACGUUUCAAGACUUGCGAAGAUCAUCCUGUACGAAUGUAUACGGAUUACAAUAACCGCGCGUUAAAAUCGUGCCUGCUCGCUCCUACGAAACCAGCAAUCAACAUCACGCAAAAGCGGACGAUGUUUAUACAAACGCAGGACACGCCGAAUCCUAACAGUUUGAAGUUUCUACCUGGCAUCUCGGUACUAGAACCAGGCCAGACUAAGGAUUUCCCGAACGCUCCGGACGCGUAUUGCUCUCCGCUCGCGAAAAUGUUGUUCCGCAUCGAGGGCGUGAAAGCUGUAUUUUUCGGACCGGAUUUCAUUACAGUAACAAAGACGGACGAGGACGUCGAAUGGAGAUUAUUAAAACCAGAGAUAUUCGCUGUAAUCAUGGACUUCUUUGCAUCGGGCUUACCUGUUUUAACGGACGAGCAGCCUGCAUCUGAUACCCAAAUUAGCGAGGAUGAUAGUGAGAUAGUCCAAAUGAUAAAGGAGUUACUGGACACCCGAAUACGACCGACGGUGCAGGAGGAUGGGGGUGACAUCGUGUUUAUGGGUUUCGAAGAAGGGAUAGUGAAGUUGAAGAUGCAAGGUUCGUGCACGAACUGUCCGAGUUCCGUAGUCACUUUAAAGAACGGCGUUCAGAACAUGAUGCAGUUCUAUAUCCCAGAGGUUCUCGGUGUGAUACAGGUAGAGGAUGAUACUGAUAAAAUAGCGAAGAAGGAGUUUGAGAAGUUCGAGGCGAAGAUUAAGCAGGCUAAAACUAGUGAAAAAGAAUAAAUAGUUUAGUGAUGUAUGUAAAAGUUUUAUGUAAAUACAAAUAAAUUAAAUCGCGUGUA